CAAAGAAGAAUUUCCUGUUUGGACUGCACUGUACCGAGGCACAGACGGUGAUCUGUGCAGUGAGCCACCAACUCUGGGUGCUGCGCUGAGGGCAAAUGGCCCCCGCAACAAUGUUCCCUUUUCAGGUUCUGAGGUAGGGAGAGGAAUCAAUAUAACCAGGAGAAGAGUUGAGCUGCUGCUAAGGUGGGAAAGCGAAAGGCUGGAAACAAAGAGCGAACAAAAUGAGUUCAAUCCGCACUACCACCCCGCCUGCCCCCAGUAACCUCACGACGACCGCUGCUUUGACCACUGCCACGCCUAGCUUCAUCGAUGGCAUUAUUAACAAAAUACCACUGCCCAGAUGGGCUCUCAUUGCCAUUGCAGUCGCCGCAGGCCUUCUCCUAAUCCUCUUCCUCAUCUGCAUCAUCAAGUGCUGCUGCUGCAAGAAGAAGCACAAGAAGAAGGAAAAGCUCAACUUGCAAAGCAUCAAUGGCUCCACCACUGCCAGCCUGGUCCAGCCAGAUAUGGACGAUUUGGAGUCUGGGCUCGAGGACGAGAAGCGAGGCAGGCUGCAGUAUUCCCUGGAGUAUAACUUCCGUAGCCAGGAGAUGAAGGUUGGAGUGAAGCAGGCAGCAGAUUUAAAGGCCAUGGACAGCGGGGGGACCUCGGACCCAUACGUUAUUGUCUAUUUAACAUCUGAUAUGAAGAAGAAGUAUGAAACCAAGGUUUACCGGAAGACGCUCAACCCGGUCUUCAACGAGACCUUCACCUUCCAGAUUCCCCAGGCGGAAGUGUCCGAGUCCAGCCUGGUGAUGCAGAUCUAUGACUUCAACCGCUUUGCCAAACACGACAUCAUUGGUGAGGUCCGGCUGCCACUAGGCGACUUCGACCUACAGCACGUGAUUGAACAGUGGCAAGAGCUUACCGCGGCCAGCAAGAGGGAGCAAGAGCGCCUUGGGGAGAUCUGUUUCUCGCUUCGAUACAUCCCCACCACCAGCAAGCUGACUGUGGUGAUCUUGGAAGCCAAGAAGCUCAAGAAAAUGGACUCAAGUGGAUUAUCAGACCCCUUUGUCAAAGUGCAGCUUAUCUUGAACAAGAAAAAGUGGAAGAAGAAGAAGACGGGUGUGAAGAAGAGUACUUUAAGCCCCUACUUCAAUGAGAUGUUUACUUUUGAGGUGCCUUUCAACCAGAUCCAGAACGUCGACUUGGUGAUUUCGGUAUGGGAUCAUGACAAGGUGACCAAGAACGAACAGAUUGGCAAAGUGUUCCUGGGUUGUAGAGCUACGGGCAACCAACUGCGCCACUGGUCGGACAUGCUGGCCAAUCCCCGCCGACCCAUUGCCCAGUGGCACUGCCUGCAGCCGGUAGAGGAAGUGGACAAUGCCCUGCAGCUGAAAUCCCACUUCAAGCUGCCUCUGCCUGGCAAAUAAAGGGAGGCUUCUCUCUCUCUCUCCACUCAUAAGGAACCUGAGACCAUGGGUGUGUGUAGAUGGAUGGUCUGCAAUGCCAAGGAAAGGCAAGAAGUGCCUGGCUGGGAGAGUUGGGGGAAUUUUGUUGUGAAGAAUCUGUAUUGAUUAGAUUUCUAGCCAAAAUAUAAGUGAACAAGAACCACGUCUCCCAGGCCAUGUUGGGAGCUUGUCACUCAUGCAUUUGGUACCUUAGGCUAAUGACAGGACCUUUGAGAGCACCAGAACGUACAAUGCAUCCCCAGCAUAACUAUCCUCUGCUUCGAGUGAGAGGAGGGGACUGCAAUGUCUCUUUGCUAAAUUUGGAGGUUGAGAGCUGACACAGAUGUGUAUACCCAAGACAGGGUGAGUGGGGGAACAGCCUGGCCUCGGGCGAGGAGAGAGAGACUGGAGAUGUACAGACAGAUGAAGUGGGUUCUUUCCACUGGGGCUAGGAGAGAAAUGCACACCUUGAAAAUAAUGCAAUAAUGACACUUCCUUUGACACGAUCUUGCACAAUAACAACAACACAGUUCAUGGAUGGACAGGCUGCUUCUUACUGUAAGGAGCCAGAUGGUGUGAGAUCCACAGUCGUGUUUUACUGGGGAUGGGGCAGCAUUCCUAGCAGAUUUUUAUA